AUGACGCAGUACAGACAUGCCUGUAAUGGGAGGAUGUUGAGACUUCUCGGCAGGAUCUUUGCAUCUGCACAAACCCAAAGGAACCUAAAUCCUGCCGCUGUAAACCGCUACUUCUGCUCUGCUCCGUGUCCUAGCUUUGCUGUGAAGCCCAUAAUGGAGCCUAAACUCUACCGACCCACUCCAGAAGUCCGGGGCAUGACCUCUCUGGACAAAGAGGCAUUCACACAGACUAUUACAGUCCCAGCGCUACGGGUGCUCACUGGGGUAUUAAAUAAAGUAGUGAAGAGCCUGAGAAAGGCAACCAUCCAGCGCCCAGGUGUGCCCAGGGUCGUUCAGGACAAGGAGCAGAGUAAUGACUUUCGCUUGGUCCUAUUGGACCCUCGCAGAGUCUCCUCGCCGAGCUCCUUCAGUGAGGCUGAAGCCGAGUCUUUGAGGUCAUUCGGUGUCAGUGAGGAGUUGCACUACUAUGAGCUGCAGCUGACCUAUGACAACCUGAAGAGUGAAGAAAUACUGGAGGCUGUGCUUCCUCCAGACCUGGAUGUGACCUCUGCGUUCAGUCGGGUGGGCCACAUCGCACACAUGAACCUGAGGGACCACCAGCUACCAUACAAGAACCUCAUAGGUCAGGUGAUCAUGGACAAAAAUCCUGGUGUCACCUGUGUGGUCAAUAAGACAAACAUAAUCGACUCCACUUACCGCAACUUCAGGAUGGAGGUGCUGGCUGGAGAAGAGGACAUGGUCGCCAAAGUGAAAGAAAACGGGGUGACAUACGAGUUUGAUUUUUCUCGUGUAUACUGGAACCCCCGGCUGAGCACGGAGCACCAGCGAGUGGUGCAACUCGUCAAGCGUGGCGACACUGUGUUUGACGUGUUCGCUGGUGUCGGGCCCUUCGCCAUCCCAGCUGCUCGCUUAGGUGCCAACGUGUUAGCCAACGACCUCAACCCGGAGUCCUACCGAUGGCUGCAGCACAACUGCAAACUCAACAAGGUGGAGAGCAAAGUCAGAGUCUUCAAUCUGGCCGGCAGGGCGUUCAUCAGGGGACCUUUAAAGCAGGAGCUGCCUGCACUGCUGAAUGGAACGUCCGGUGUUCACGUGGUGAUGAACCUGCCUGCCUUAGCUCUGGACUUCCUGGAUGCAUUCAGAGGCCUCCUGCACCAGGAGCCUCCCUGUGAUGAGAACCUACCCACAGUGCACUGCUACGGCUUCUCCAAAGACGACAACCCUGACACAGAUGUGGUAGGGAGGGCUUCCCGUAGCCUGGGAUUCCCCCUGGAAAACCGAUGCUCUGUGCAUUUUGUGCGCAAUGUGGCACCCAACAAAAAUAUGUUGUGUGUUCGGUUCACGCUUCCUAAAGAGGUCCUCUUCGGAAGUGAUGCUGAAGACACAGAACCCACUGAAGAACCAGCCCCAAAGAGACAGAAAUGUGAAGAAACUAAAAAUGCAACGUAAUGAUUAUUUACUCGGCAUGAUGAGGACAGCAAGGAUCAACACUGGAGCUGAUUCAUUUUUUGCCCUUAAAGAAGUUUAUUUGCAAGAAGCCAUGACUCAGCUUUAAGUGACUAAAUUACUGGCAUUUUUUUUUUAAAUUCA